AUGGCCAACACUAGGAGGAACAGGAGGGGUGAGGACGUGCCACCACCACCACAUCCUACUAUGGAGCAGCUGAUGAUGAUGCAAACACAACUGCUACAGCAGCUGGCUCAAAAUAUGCAGAACAAUGGAAAUGGAAACGCACCUCCUCAUGUUAGGGACAUGAGAGGAGAAUUCUUGAAGGGACAUCCACCUGUUUUCAAACACUCCACCGACCCUCUCGAAGCUGAUGACUGGCUUCGUGCUAUCGAAAGACAACUGGAGAUCGCACAGUGUGAUGACAGAGAGAAAGUUUUGUAUGCAGCGGGGCAAUUGCAAGGAGCUGCCCUUGAUUGGUGGGAUUCUUUUCGUUUUGGCCAUGCAGAUGCUGACCCCAUAACCUGGAUGGAAUUUCGUAAUGCUUUCCGCUCUCAUCAUGUCCCUGCCGGACUGAUGAAACUGAAAAAGAAAGAAUUUCUCUCCCUCAAGCAAGGAGGUAUGUCUGUUGCUGAAUAUCGUGACAAGUUCAUACAAUUGUCACGAUAUGCUCCCACAGAAGUGGAGAACGAUGAAAAGAGGCAGGAAUUAUUCAUGGAAGGGUUGAAUGAUGGGCUUCAAUACCAACUACUAUCCCACACUUUUGCAAGCUUUCAGUAUCUGGUGGACAAGGCCCUGGUAAUUGAGAACAAACGCCGUCAGAUGGAAGAUAAGAAAAGGAAGUUCCAGGGAAAACAGUCAGGAAACAACACGCGUACUCGUACCAAUCCUCAGCAAGCUCAUCCACAGCAAUGCUAUCAGGGUCAGUCAAGCCUGGUCAAUCGUAAUCAGCAGCCACAACGUGCACAACAGCAGCAGCAGUACCGAGCUCCUAACCAACCACUACACCACAACCCUUAA